UAUCUGGAUUAUUCUUCAGCGCUGCUAAAGCUUACAGAGUGAGAGAUUUUGAAAAAUACUUCGAACAGUUAAGGGCUAAGAGUGCUACAUGCGCAAAUUACUUAGAGGAAAUUGGAUUUGAGCAUUGGACAAGAGCUCACUGUAAAGGGGAACGCUACAAUAUCAUGUCUAGCAACAAUUCGGAGUCUAUGAAUAAUGUCUUAACAAGAGCCAAAUCAUAUCCGAUUGUGUACAUGAUAGAGUUCAUUCGAGAGGUCCUAAUGCGAUGGUUCGCAGCGAGGAGGCAAAAAGUGGCUAGGUGUAAGUCUUUAGUGACGCCUGAGGUUGAUGAGCGUUUUCUCCAAGAUUUGCCUGCGUCAGGGAAAUUCGCGGUUAAGAUGUCUGGACCGUGGAGUUAUCAAGUUACAAGCAAGUCAGGUGAGCAUUUUCAUGUCGUUCUGGACGAGUGUACGUGUACGUGUCUUAGGUACACAAAGUUGAGAAUCCCAUGUGAACACGGUCUAGCAGCUGCAAUCGAGUUUGGAAUAGAUCCGAAGGUUGUUGUAGGAUGGUGGUAUGGACUUCAAACGUUUUCCGAUUCUUUUCAAGAACCGAUUCUACCUAUCGCGGAUCCGAAGGAUGUUGUCAUCCCACAACAUAUAUCGGAUUUGAUACUAAUUCCUCCAUACUGUAGACGACCACCAGGAAGACCAACAACCAAAAGGAUUCCAUCUAGAGGUGAAAACCGGAAAAAGAGACAGAAAAGACUUAUUCUGAAUCAGUGCACACGAUGUAGACAAGCAGGUCAUAACAAGAAGACUUGCAAAAAUCCUAUUUAGUUCUCCUCAAAAGCUUUAUGUCUCCGCGAAGACAGUGUACGUUUAUGUGUGGACAGUGUGUACCAAAGUGUUGUGACGGUGUACGUACGUUUAAUGUUUGCCAGCGUAUAACUAUGUACGUUUUCUGAGUGUACGUUUUUGUUAGUGUACGUGUUUGUUGUGUCUGUGUACGUAUAAUCUUCAUGCAAUAAACGGUUACAAACGGUUACACACA